AUGAACCAUCACCACAGUGGUCCUAAUCAGUUCUCUAGUUUUUCGCCCUCUCGGGAAGACUUGGGAGUUGAUAACUAUUGCUAUGCUGUAUCUGAAAACAUCGAUUUAGAAGGUAAUGUCGUUCCCGAGUGGUAUGCCCAUCAAUCUCACCGCUCCUUGGUUUUGGAACAUGAUCGGGUUCACGAGGACUUUUCUUCCCGAUAUCAUGAGAAUUCUCUUAACGACCGCAUCCCCCCCAAGGACAUGUACUAUCUCAACUACCCUGCCGCAUACGAAGAGGCGCACUAUCCCAAAGUGCCGGUACUGAAUUGUGACUAUCCCGCCCACCUUCGCGGACAUCAUCUGUCCAGUUCUUUUGUCUCCAGCCCCUCCGAGGGCUUCUACUCGCAGCACGAGCCCAUCAACCCUCGCUACCCCGCCUACUCCGCCGACCGCCCCUCGCGCCCGCUCUCCAGCGACCCUCCUCUCGUCUCCGACUACGAUUUUCUCCCCCAGUACGUCCGUCCCGCGCAAUACCGCGGCGCCGCCUUCCCCCGCGGGACGCCCUUCCCCGAGCCCCGCGGGACCCGCUACCCUCCCAGCGUCCACUCCCGCGGGAACUCCCACAACUCGCUCCCGCGGCCGUUCGAGGCUUCGUUCGGCGCGUCCCCCGCGGGGGAGGCGGAGCCGUCGGUGCGGAAACUGCCGUACGCGUGCCGCGAUUAUCGCAGCGGGCACUGUACCCGCGGGGAACGGUGCCGGUUCCUGCACGUGGUGGAGCGGCAGGCGAGCGGGGAACUGACGGUGGCGGAGGGCAGCAGCGACGCCAUCCUGCAGAACAACGUGCAGGUCUGCCGCGACUUUCUCCGCGGGAAUUGCCAGCGCAAACACUGCCGCUUCGUUCACUCCUUCCCCGAAAAUACGCAGUAA